GCUGUGCGCCGUGGCCGUGGUCAUCCUCCUCUUCAUCGCUGUCCUCAAGCAGUUCGGCAUCCUGGAGCCCAUCUCCGCAGAAGGUAACCCCCAGCCCCCUCCCCGGGCCAGGUUUGGAUGCGGUUCGGUUUUGGGGUGCCCACGGCGAGGACGUGACCCCAGGGGACGCUCCUCAUGGAGGGGCUGCUGGUGGUGUGGGUGCCUCUCUGGGAACCUCCAUGGUGGACCCUGGAGGUUUUGGGGUGCCCUUCACCGCCGCGUCACGGCCCCGAUGAGCACGCUGUGGCCCUGGUCUCCCCCUUGAGCACCCCAAAAUGGGCUGCUGGGGGGCUCCGAGCACACGCCGCCCCCCAAAACCCUCCCGAGUGGGGUGCUGGGGAGCUCCAAGCCCGUACUCACCCCUAUAGCGCAUGGGGCAGGGUGCUGGGGAAGCCCCCUCUGAUCCCCAAACCUGCCCAUAAUGGGUUGCUGGGGACCCCCCAAGCCCACCUCGACCCCUGAAACCCCCUGAGAUAGCAGAAUGGGGACCACCAAGCUUGCAGAAACCCCUAAAAACCCCCUGAGAUGGGAUGCUGAGGAUCCCCAAUCCCGCACUGACCCCUCAAACCCCCCCCCAAAACGUCCGUCUGAGGACUCCCAGGUCCGAUCCCACCCCAGCCAGGAGGACGGGGGGCUCCACACCACCCCUCUGCACCCCAACGCCAGCCCGGCAGCCCAGUAACCCCCACGGCAGCCCAUGGGGGUCCCCAGGGUGUCCCCCCCCAGUCUGGGGACACGCAGCACGACCGGGGCUCUCCCCAACCCUAUCCCACCUUCCCCAUCCCGAAGUUCCUGCUGUCCCCGCUCAGCAUCGAACGGCUCCACGGGGGCUUCCUGGGCUGGAAACAUUAACGAGGCAUCAUUUAUUAAUUACCUUCCGGCAGCACGGAGGGCGCAGAGAGCCGGGGCGGGGGGAGCAGGACGCGAGAGGCGGCCGUGGUGCGGGUGGGAGCCUGGGCACGGGAUGCACCGGGAUGGUUUGGGAUGCUCCGGGAUGGCCGGGAAUGCUCCGGGAUGCUCUGGGACAUGUGGGGAUGAUCUGAGAUGUUCCGGGACGCUUUGGGAUGCUCCGGGAUCAUGCUGCCGGAGCGGGCACAGUCCAGCAGCUCCCGUGAAGCCCUCCGAGCGCUGACGGAGCCGUUUCCUCGCCCGGGCGGUGAAACCCGGAGCUCGCAGCAGAUGGAGCCGCCCCGGGUGAGUUCCCCAUCGUGAUGGGGAGAGCUGCCAGGUUUUGCCAGGUUUGGGGGAUUCCUGGUUUGUUCCCGAGCGCGGCCAGGUCCAGGCGGGUAAGGUGCGGGAUGCCGCGAUUUUCUCACCAUCGCGUCCCCUCCCUGGGGACCACGGGGCGCCCGGCGUUCACCCCCAAAGCCACCCAGCUGGUGCCUGCCCCAAAACCCCCCGAAAAAGUCCCGAAGCUGUCGGUGAGGGGGAUGCCGGGGGGGCCCCGCUCAGCCCCGCGCGUCCCCGCAGACAGCAGCGACAGCGACCUGGAGCUCUCGGCCGUGCGGCACCAACCCGAGGGGCUGGAGCAGCUGCAGGCGCAGACCAAGUUCACCAAGAAGGAGCUGCAGUCCCUCUACCGCGGCUUCAAGAGCGAGUGCCCCAGCGGCCGGGUGGACGAGGAGACCUUCACGCUCAUCUACGCGCAGUUCUUCCCGCAGGGCGAUGCCAGCGCCUACGCUCACUUCUUGUUCAACGCCUUCGACGCCGACGGCAGCGGGGCACUCUGCUUCGAGGACUUUGUCGUCGGCCUCUCCGUCUUGCUGCGGGGGACGGUGCAGGAGAAGCUGAACUGGGCUUUCAACCUCUACGACAUUAAUAAGGACGGCUUCAUCACCAAGGAGGAGAUGCUGGAGAUCAUGAAGUCCAUCUACGAUAUGAUGGGGCGCUGCACCCUGCCCGCCCCGAGGGACAGCGCGCCCGCCGAGCACGUGGAGCUCUUCUUCCAGAAGAUGGACAGGAACGGGGACGGCGUGGUGACCUUCGAGGAGUUCCUGGAGACGUGCCAGCAGGUGGGGCACCUGGGGGGGGCUUCGGUGCCACCUCCUCCUCCUCACCCCCUGUCCUCGUCCCCUCCAAAGGGACGUCCCCGUGGGUUUGGGGGGAGAGGAGGCUGCACCUCAUGGGGUUUCCUGGGGGGGACACAAAAGCGCUGGUCCCACCAGGGGGCCUGGGGGCUGUGACCUGUCCCUCUCACCCCUCCCAGGACGAGGACAUCAUGAGCUCCAUGCAGAUCUUCGAGAACACCAUCUAGAGGCGCUGCCGUGGGGCGCAGGGGAGGAACGGUUUUGGCCCCUUCAAGACACAGUGCGAGGCUAAUAACGCUGGAGGUGCAAGAAACAUUAAAAAUAAGCAGGAAACGUUAAAAACAAGGAGAACGUUGCCAGCUUGUCCCCCUGAGCAGCCAGAGCCGCCCCUGCCAGCCACUUUUGGGGCAGAACUCCCCAAACCAGGGUCUCCCUGCCCCAGGGGACGGCCAGCGGUGCAGAAGACCUUGUCACAGCACAGAAACGGACACCUCGAGGAUUCCUUAAAAAAAAAAAAAAAUGUGACUUUGGGGAGGGGGCGGUGGGGAAUGCCCCUGGGAGGGGAUGGGGCAGGGCGAAAAACCCCAAAACAUCCUGCUGAAUGUGGGAACCCUCCUCAAAUCCACGUGGGCUGGGAUUGUUUUUUUUUUUUUUUUCCUUUUACUUUAAAUAAACCAAGCGGUGACGACUGAGGGACCCGACACCCAGCUGCACCCCUCCAGCACCACCAGGGGCGGCUCACACACGGAGGCGAAGCCA